AUGAACACUGUAAGAGUUCUAUUGUCCCUUGCUGCUCAUUCUAAUUGGGAUUUGAGACAAUUUCAUGUAAAAAAUGCCUUCCUCAAUGGCGAAUUAGAAGAAGAGGUUUACAUGGAGAUUCCACCAGGAUUUAACUCCACAAAUGGAGAAAACAAAGUUUGCAGGUUAAAGAAGGCAUUGUAUGGCUUGACGCAAUCCCCGCGUGCUUGGUUUGGAAGAUUUACAAAAGUUAUGCUUUCAUUGGGGUACAGACAAAGUCAAGGAGAUCAUACACUUUUCUUUAAACAUUCUCAAGAAGGGGAUGAUAUAGACGAGAAGCAUGCUCUGCAAGAAAGAUUGACUGCUGAAUUUGAAGUUAAAGACCUUGAAAAACUGAGGUAUUUUCUUGGGACAGAAGUUGUUCAUUCAAAGCAAGGUAUCUUUAUUUGUCAACGAAAGUAUGUUCUUGAUCUCCUUAAAGAAACAGGAAAACUUGGGUGUAAACCUUCCAGUACUCCAAUUGAGCAGAAUCACAAACUAGGGAGUGAGAAUGAGAGUCCUUCAAUUGACAAAGGACAGUACCAACGUAUAGUGGGGAGAUUGAUAUACCUUGCUCACACUAGACCUGAUCUAGCUUAUGCAGUCAGUAUUGUUAGUCAAUUCAUGCAUGAUCCGAGGGAAAAACAUCUGCAGGCUGUGGAUAGGAUUCUCCAAUAUCUAAAAGGCACACCAGGCAGAGGACUAUUAUUCCAGAGAGGAGGAAACUUAUCCUUAGAAAUGUAUACAGACGCAGAUUAUGCUGGAUCCGUAACUGACCGACGGUCUACCUCAGGCUAUUAUGAUCUAAAUGUGAGGUGUGAAGGGCCUUUGAAGUUACUCUGUGAUAACAAGUCAGCUAUCUGUAUAGCCCACAAUCCAGUCCAACAUGACCACACCAAACAUAUUGAGAUUGAUCGCCACUUCAUCAAGGAGAAGCUGGAUAGUGGACUAAUCACUACAUAUAUUCCAUCUAGUUGUCAAUUGGCUGAUGUCUUGACUAAAGGUCUUCGUAGUGAUAGUUGUAGUAUAACUCAUGUCACAAACACACAUUCCCUCGAGAGUACAGAAAAUUCAGAAUUUGUUGAUGCUUUACUUGCAUGGACAAGAGAGCUCCCUCUCUUACUGAUCCAGCUUAGUGAUAAUCACCCAGUCUGCUCCAAGGCUGUAUUGCACCUUCUACUCUGCAUUGGACAAAGUGCUCCAGUGCAUCAAUCACUUGUUUGCACAUAUGACAACUUGCAGUCUUCGUUGCUAGAUUUUUAUAGUACUUGCCAAGGAGGACAUAUAUGCUGUGGUCCUUUUCUCAGGCUUCCUAGAGAAUCUCAAGAGCUCUCUCUGUGUUGUGUUUCCUAUUUCUCUCAUUUGGACUUGCCUCUUUUAAAGUCAAUGGCUUGUUGUUGCCUAAGUCCUGAUCUAGAUCCCCAUGCAUUAUUUUGGACCAUUGAUGUUCUUGAUUCUGCCUAUAAAGCUGGACAUAUAAAAGUUACAGAUUUCUUGAAUGUCUUCGUCACCCUUGUCUUGCAUUUCGAAGUUUCUCCUGAUUUCUGUUCUGUUAGUUUGAAGAGUGAUCCACGCCGCCAAACUUUGAGGUCAAUGAUAACUAGACUUUCCUCAUGCAUGGUACAAAUGGGUAACAAUCCUCUUGUUCUACAGAUGAUAGAGGGAAUAAUAGUUCAACAGAUAGCGCUAAAGCCUUUUUUGGAUAAAAGUUGUUCUCUCUUAAGAAUGAUUUUUGAAUUGGAUUCCGAUUCUGAUUUCAAGUCCAAGCCCAAGCCCUCAAGACUUUCUGAGCCAAGCAUUACCUUUCUAGGCCAUCACCUUUUGGAAUAUCUGAUGGAUGCUAUGCAGUGCAUUCCAGAAGAUGGUGACAAGGAGCGUACUUCCUCCUCCAUACUGCUUUAUUAUCUUGAACCUUGUUUUCUUUUGUUUGGUCGGUGCCAUAAACUGAUGAGUCUUGUGUUGAAGACAAUGAGAUCAGCUAUAACUGAAACUCGUUUUACACCCAUAUCUGAUAAUUACACUCAACAUACAAGCAACUGCUUGAUUAAGGUGGAUGUUGUAGCUUCUGUACUUAUUGCGAUGCACAAGGAUAAAAAAUUGCGAAAGAUUAUGGUGAAAUUCAAAGAAGAUAUUGAUUACAUUAUACAGGAAAUACAUUUGUUACAGUCAUCCAGGGAUUCCGGUAUGACCGUCGAAGAAAAGCAUAAAUUACACUGUACAUGUGAACAACUGAAAAUAUUGAAAUAACAAAGAUGUUUUGGGAUGAGAAACUGUAACAUUAUUUAUGUGUCACAAUAUCCUAUCUCUUUGUUUUAGGGAUAGAUGUUACGCACAAUGUUACGAUCACAUCUUAACCGUUGAUUUGUGUCAAUUAACGGUUAUCAUUUGUUGCGAAUUAAUAAUUAAUUAAUGAGUUUGAUUUGAAAAAUUAUAACCGUUGAUUGGCGAAAAUCAACGGUUAAGAUGUGGUCGUAACAUUGUGCGUAACAUUAUUUGUGUGUCACAAUAUCCUAUCCCUUUGUUUUAUCAUUUAUUAAAACUUAAUGUUUGGUUGGUUGAUAUUCUUUAGGAGAAAUUACAUAA